AAGAAGAUGGUCUUCUCUCUGUAGGUGGGUGAUGCCAAGCACAGCCAUGAAGAAAAAGGUGCUGCUGAUGGGUAAAAGUGGGUCUGGGAAGACCAGCAUGAGGUCCAUUAUCUUUGCAAACUACAUCGCCAGGGACACACGGCGCCUGGGUGCCACAAUUGAUGUGGAGCACUCCCAUGUCAGAUUUCUAGGAAACCUGGUAUUAAACCUUUGGGACUGCGGAGGACAGGACACCUUUAUGGAGAACUACUUCACCAGUCAGCGGGACAACAUCUUCCGCAACGUAGAAGUCCUCAUCUAUGUCUUUGAUGUAGAGAGCCGUGAACUGGAGAAGGACAUGCACUACUACCAGUCCUGCUUGGAGGCAAUUCUUCAGAAUUCUCCUGAUGCAAAGAUCUUUUGCCUAGUGCACAAGAUGGACUUGGUGCAGGAGGAUCAGCGGGAUUUGAUUUUUAAAGAGCGUGAGGAAGACUUGAAGCGCCUUUCCCGUCCCUUGGAAUGUGUUUGUUUUAGAACUUCCAUCUGGGAUGAAACGCUUUACAAGGCUUGGUCCAGUAUAGUCUAUCAGCUGAUCCCCAAUGUCCAGCAGCUGGAAAUGAACCUGAGGAACUUUGCUCAGAUCAUCGAGGCAGAUGAAGUGCUUCUGUUUGAGAGAGCCACUUUCCUGGUCAUUUCUCACUAUCAAUGCAAAGAACAGCGGGAUGUCCACAGAUUUGAGAAAAUCAGCAACAUUAUUAAACAAUUCAAGUUAAGUUGCAGUAAGCUGGCAGCUUCUUUCCAGAGCAUGGAGGUCAGGAACUCUAACUUUGCUGCUUUCAUCGACAUCUUUACAUCAAAUACAUACGUGAUGGUGGUUAUGUCGGACCCUUCAAUACCUUCUGCGGCUACGCUGAUCAACAUCCGCAAUGCCAGAAAACACUUUGAGAAGCUGGAGAGAGUGGAUGGACCAAAGCACAGCCUGCUCAUGCGCUGAACGUUGGCCAAGGCACAUGGUCUUUGGGGGGAGAAAAAAUGAAUUGGAACUACUUAUUUUUAGGAGAAUCUAACAAUGUCGAUGUCUUUGUUGGGCUUUGAAAUGAGUGUGCUGCUUUAUUUUUUCUCCUUUUAACGUUGGACACUAGUCGCUCGGAGGAUGUCUUGGAUACACUGCGGACCUUCAGAAGAGACUUCCCUGGCGUAUGUGGGGUUGGGAAGAAGCGAGGACGGGUGAUGCACGCAUGGUCUCCUACUCCUGGUUGUCGUGGUGGCACGUGGCAGAGCCGUUUGGGAUGUUUUGCUCCCGGGUGAUCGUAUAAGUCACAGGAAUGGAAUAUUUACUGUUUUAUUGGUUGGUCGCUAGAAUACGUUUAUAAAUUUCUCCUUGUCUUCAGUCAUGAAAAUAAAUUUUUUGCUACCAGGGAUUUCGGAUCCUAGAGCUUUGGAAAGCGGGUUUUCUUCCUUCUAAAACCUUGGGCACCUUUGGCAAGCGGAUGUGCGACAGCUGCCUUUCUCCCUUCACAUUACGGGGGCGGGCAUUGAGUGAAGGCCAUGCCAGAGUUUCAUUUUGGAUAAUCUAUUUUUUUUUUUUUUUUAAAUCUUCCUCACCACGCAGAGGCAAAAUUCACUCAGCCGGUGAAGCAGUCGGGCCGGCGUUGGCCUCUUCGCACUUGCCAAAGCGACGGAAAGACCACGGUAGAUAAAAAAAGGGGCCAAAGACCCUGAUUGCUGAAGCAUGGAGGUAGUCCUGGCGUGCCUGGGCGCCCUCCUGGUGAGCCAGGAGGGGCUGGCGCGGGCACGGAGGGGCUCUGGAACGGGCUCCGUGCGGGCGGUGUGUGCACGAGCUGUGUUAGUGACGGUGGCCACGAGCCGCUUGGGCGCUGUUGGGCACCCACGUUUCUUGACGUUGCUGUCUAUUUUGUAAUGGAUAUUUUUUUUUUUUGUGUGCAUUUCCAUUAAACCUAG